AUCUAGGCUUACAGAUGGGUGUAGAAAUAGUGGGGGAAAGUUAAUGCAGUUACAUACCGAACAGCAGCUUGUAAGCAAAUUUUUCCCCCCUCUUGGCUUGCCGGUAUUUUAAAUUUGACAAGGGAAUGGAAACGGAAACCACGAGCUAUUUGAGAGAGAGCCAAUCCUCACUGGCAACUUUAAACCACAAAAACAUUACUCUGGUGUCUUUCCGCAAACAGCAGCCCUCUAAAAAGCUCCGUGUGCUGGAGGAUGGAGAAUGUCCUAUGAAGACAAGCGGUCUUUCUCGGAAAGAGGAAAUCUCUUCCUUCCAUAACUUCCCAGAAGUGCUAGGAAGCAAUAGCAGACAGACCAUAUCAGGGGACAAUUCAACCAUCGACUUACGUGCAUCAACGAUGAAGCACAAGUUUGCCUUCGACAACAUUGGCUUUAAGGAAGACUCAGAACAUUUGCCCUCUCUUCAUUCUCAAGCAGAUGUUGUUACGGUCAAUAUUUCAGGAAUGACUUGCCAAGCGUGUGUACAAUCCAUAGAGGGAAGAAUUUCCAAGGUGAAAGGUAUUGGGGAUAUCAAGGUUUCUCUCAAGCAAAAUAAUGCUGUGGUAAAAUAUUUGGGAGCGGAAAUAAGCCCCCACCAGAUCUGCCAGGAGAUCAACGACAUGGGAUUUGACGCCACCACCGCAGACGCAACAAAUUCUUCAAGGCAAUUGACCAGCGAUGCUUCUGUGAAGAUAAGGAUAGAAGGCAUGACCUGUCAAUCUUGUGCCAACACUAUUGAGGGAAAGAUUGGGAAACUACAGGGUGUGAAGAGAAUCAAAGUGGCCCUCAGCAACCAUGAAGCUUUCAUUGUUUAUCGUCCCUAUGCAAUUAAGCCUGAAGAAUUAAAGAAUAACAUAGACAGCCUGGGAUACAAAAGCACUAUUAAGCGCAAGCAAGUCCCGUUAAAACUUGGUGUGAUUGGCAUGAAGCGUUUGCAGCAGGUCGAUGUAAGAAUGCCAGGUGGGCUUGAUGGUGACGGAGAUACCACAGAGAGUGAUGGAAACGACCCCUCCGUUGUUGAGUUGGCUGUGGAAGGGAUGCAUUGCAAAUCCUGCAUCAACACCAUUGAAAAGUCAAUCUCAGACUUGCCUGGAGUACAUCGUAUUCAAGUGUCUUUGGAACAGAAAAGUGCUGUUGUGUGGUUUGACCAGAACCUGGUCACCCCGUCUUCAUUGCAGCACGCCAUCCAAGCCCUUCCUCCGGGUCACUUCAAAGUAUCCUUUUCUAGUAGAACUGAGGAUCUUAACGGAGUGCUUCCCUCACAUGCAAUAUCCUCCUUCUCUUGUCCUACCGAUCUCCCCCAAAGUGAAUCCAGCACUGCUGUGAUUAACAUUAGCGGAAUGACCUGUGAUUCCUGUGUCAAAUCCAUUGAAAGCUUGAUAUCACAAAGGAAAGGGGUUGCCCGUGUAUCUGUGUCUUUAGCUGAAGGGGCUGGAACCAUAUGCUACAAUUCAGACCUAACAAACUCAGAAGAACUGAGGGCCGCUAUAGAAGACAUGGGAUUUGAGGCUUCCGUCCUAACAGACACCAGCACUGAAGGACCUACUGCUGGAAGUAUAGAGGACAGUGACCCAGCUUCUGCUCCCUUGAAAACCAACGCUCUUUCCGAAUCGCCACCUGCAGAUGUUGUCCCGGAAAAAGAGAACUUGCGCCGUGAUUGUCCAAAGCCACCUAGCGCAGGAACCACUGAAAAAUGCUUCAUGCAGAUCACGGGCAUGACGUGCGCAUCUUGCGUCUCAAACAUUGAGAAGAAUCUGCAAAAAGAGAAUGGAAUAGUUUCUGUGCUUGUGGCCUUGAUGGCGGGGAAAGCUGAAGUAAAAUAUAAGCCGGAGAUGAUUCAGCCUCUGGAAAUAGCCCAGCUGAUUGAAAAUUUGGGCUUUGAAGCUUCAGUCGUAAAAGAUGACCCUGAUGCAAAUGGCAAUAUAGAUCUGAAGGUCCUAGGGAUGACUUGUGCUUCAUGCGUGCACAACAUUGAAUCUAAACUUGUCAAAACACCUGGCAUCCUUGAUGCAUCUGUAGUGCUGGCUACUUCCAAAGCCCGUGUCCACUUUGACCCUGAAAUCAUUGGUCCUCGAGAUAUUAUAAAAAUUGUUGAGGGAAUUGGUUUUCAAGCAUCUUUGGUUAAAAAGGGUCCACGGGAUCACAGCUUAGAUCACAAACAAGAGAUCCAACAAUGGAAGAAAUCGUUCUUAUGCAGCCUGGUGUUUGGUAUCCCUGUUAUGAUCUUAAUGAUUUACAUGCUAAUACCUAAUGGCCAACAGCAUGGAUCGUCAGUGCUAGAUCAGAACCUAAUUCCUGGAUUAUCUGUUCUAAACCUUCUCUUCUUUGUCCUUUGCACUUUGGUUCAGUUCCUCGGUGGAUGGUACUUCUACGUCCAAGCUUAUAAGUCGUUGAAGCAUAAGAUGGCCAAUAUGGAUGUUCUCAUAGUGCUGGCCACAACUAUCGCUUAUGUUUACUCCUGUGCUAUUUUAAUGGUUGCCAUGGCGGAACAGGCAGAGCAAAGCCCCAUCACCUUUUUUGACACCCCUCCAAUGCUAUUUGUGUUCAUCGCUCUUGGUCGGUGGCUGGAACACAUAGCAAAGAGUAAGACAUCAGAGGCACUUGCCAAAUUAAUAUCUCUUCAAGCAACAGAGGCUGUUGUAGUGACUCUUGGACCUGACAACUGUGUCAUCAGGGAGGAUCAAGUACCUGUUGAGUUGGUUCAGCGAGGAGACAUUAUCAAAGUGGUGCCUGGUGGAAAAUUUCCAGUUGAUGGGAAAGUGAUAGAAGGCAAUUCUAUGGCAGACGAAUCCCUAAUCACUGGGGAAGCCAUGCCCGUCACUAAGAAACCUGGCAGCACAGUCAUUGCAGGCUCUCUCAACGCCCAUGGCUCAGUGCUUGUCAAUGCAACGCAUGUUGGCUCUGAUACCACCCUGGCCCAGAUUGUGAAACUGGUAGAAGAAGCUCAGAUGUCAAAGGCACCCAUCCAGCAACUGGCUGACAAAUUUAGUGGAUACUUUGUCCCCUUUAUCAUCAUAAUUUCUACUGCAACACUGGUAGCGUGGAUUGUGAUUGGAUUUAUACACUUCGAUAUUGUGCUGAAAUAUUUCCCUCAUUACAGUAAACACAUUUCGAAAGCAGAAGUCAUCGUACGGUUUGCCUUUCAGACCUCCAUCACAGUCCUGUGCAUAGCCUGCCCCUGCUCCCUCGGGCUGGCGACCCCAACUGCUGUGAUGGUGGGCACGGGAGUGGCCGCGCAGAACGGUAUUCUCAUCAAAGGUGGGAAGCCUCUGGAAAUGGCACACAAGGUCAACACGGUGAUGUUUGAUAAAACAGGGACGAUCACUCAUGGGGUUCCCAGAGUCAUGAGAGUCCUCUUGCUAGGGGAUGCUGCAGCUACUCUUUCUUUGAAGAAGAUCCUUGCCAUUGUUGGCACGGCAGAAGCCAGCAGCGAGCAUCCCUUAGGAGUGGCCGUCACCAGAUACUGCAAAGAGGAGCUUGGCACAGACGUCCUGGGGUAUUGUCAGGACUUCCAGGCAGUCCCUGGCUGUGGAAUAAGCUGUAAAGUCAGCAGUGUUGAAGCUGUGCUGGGUGAGACGGAGCGGCAUUUGGACAGCCUGAGCCCCCAACUUGGCGCCACUGACAGAAUUCUUACAGGCCAGAGUUCACAGACUCUGGUCUCCAACCUGGGAGAUGCGGCAGUUCCGAAGGCCUACUCGGUGUUGAUUGGCAAUCGGGAAUGGAUGAGACGGAACGGCUUGCAUAUCUCCAGCGAUGUUCAUGAGGCCAUGACCGGCCAUGAAAUGAAAGGCCACACUGCUAUACUGGUGGCUAUAAAUGGUAUGCUUUGUGGCAUGAUUGCAAUAGCAGACUCUGUCAAGCCGGAGGCAGCUCUGGCUAUGCACACCCUACGAAGUAUGGGAAUGGAUGUGGUGCUUGUGACGGGGGACAACAGAAAAACUGCCAAAGCCAUUGCAGCUCAGGUUGGGAUCCGGAAAGUCUUUGCUGAGGUUCUCCCAUCUCACAAAGUAGCCAAGGUCCAGGAACUCCAAGAGGCUGGGAAGAAGGUUGCCAUGGUUGGAGACGGGGUCAACGACUCCCCAGCUUUGGCAAGAGCUGAUGUUGGCAUCGCUAUUGGGACAGGCACAGACGUCGCCAUUGAAGCCGCAGAUGUUGUUCUUAUUCGUAAUGACUUGAUGGAUGUGGUUGCGAGUAUCCAUCUCUCCAAGAAGACAGUGAAAAGAAUACAAAUAAAUCUCAUCCUAGCCUUAAUAUACAAUCUCCUUGGGAUACCCAUAGCGGCAGGAGUAUUUAUGCCUAUUGGAAUUGUGUUACAACCAUGGAUGGGGUCAGCAGCCAUGGCAGCAUCUUCAAUCUCAGUAUUGCUCUCUUCUCUGCAGCUAAAGUGCUACAAGAAGCCAGACGUGGAAAGAUACGAAAAACAAGCUGAAGGGUCCAUGAAGUCGCUGACUCCUUCCCAAGUCAGUGUCCAUAUUGGAAUGGAUGACAGGAGGCGGGACUUGCCCAAAUCAGGUGCUUGGGAUGCGGUCAGUCAUGUAUCUCUUUCUUCCCUGACCUCCAAUCGAAUGCCGAGGCAUCCUGGGAUCCUUCUAGGGGACGAAGUGGACAAGUGGUCACUGCUCACAAACAAUCAAGAUGAAGACCAGUAUAUUUAAGAGUGCCGAAUUCUUGCACUAUAGUCACGAGACUUCUUUGCCUUCAGUUCUUUACCUGGGAGAAGGUUGGAGUUCUUGUGUUUGGCUUUUGCUGGUGCUUUUUGUGUUCUGACGGGAAUGGAGAAGAUAGGAGAAAGCAGCGUUUGAUCUGAUCUUGGUUGCUGAACUACCUCUUACUCUCGUAAUCAAACUGUGGAUGGAGAGUCUGAUCCUUAAGUUUUUUUCCACGUUCCACCUCUGUUUACCAACUGCUGUACAAAGAUAUAUAUUGCACUGAUUAGUGUUAGAUGUGAAAUGUUGCAAACUGCAGCAGCAAAUGGGGACAGAAUACUAUGAUGGUAUCCGAAGUAUUGUGAUCAGAGCUCCACUUGUGGAAAAGAACUUCCCUCUUCCUCCUCUGCGCCUUCCCCCAAACACUGCCUUGAGGUUCAGGGGAUCCCUAAAAACAGUGCUGGGUGUGAAGUGGGGGGCGGGGUCUGCAGUAGAAAGGGGAAAUAAACAAAAAUUACGUCUCUCCUGCCAUUGGUGAUACUGCCCCUUCCUCCGGUGGAAAACAAGCCUUGGAUCCAUCCCAUAGAUAGAGCUUUCUAACCAAGAGGAAGACAAAAUCCUUUGCUUAAUUGGAAACAGAGUAGAAGCAAGUUUUAUUUCUAUGCUUGUAUAAAUCUACUUUUAUACCUCUCUUUCAACCCUUUUUACUUCGUCUUCUACGAGGGCAAGAAAUGAUGGACCACAAACUGUGAUGCUAAUGUAUCAGCAUAUCGGUGCGUGCUUCUGUAACCACUUGUAUAUCCUUUCUUCAAUGGUAAAUUCCCUGUCUCCACAUUUAAUCUGCAUUUUGCAGAAAUGAAAAUGUAUUUCAUGUCCUUCAAAAGGCAGACUUUGAGCAAUAUUAAAAUGUAUAUUAUUCUGUUGGCUAGCUUCUUACUUAAACUAGCUAUGCACGCACUACCGUAGCUAGCAAAGAAGUUUUCUGGCUAAUGUUUUAGAAUGUGAAUGUCCUGUAGGGUAAAGAACAUCCACCUUUUGAUGUAUUCAUUUUUCAAAAUAUGCCUAAGGUUACAGAAUAAAAAGUGAAAUACAAUUUAGAUGCAAAUAUAAAAUCAGAAAGAGAAAGCAAUGUUCCGUAAGUUAUGAUGACCUCAAAUCUGAGUUCGCAGGCCUUGGCACACCUUUAAACUGUGGUGAAAAUGUACAAACCUACACAGUCUAAGACAUAACUUACUAACAAUAGCCUGAUCUUACAACCUCAAGUGUCUCUGAACUUUACAUUCAUUAAAACAUGGUCUUUUUGCUGUUGAAACAUUUAGUGAAUGACAACAAAUGGACACACACUUUUGGCUUGGGAUUUAUUUCUAAUUCUUCUCAGAACAAACCAAAUCAAAAUCAUUAUAAGGUUUAGAAAUAAAGCUAUACCAAAAACUUUAAUAAUUCUUAAAUCUUUGCCCAAUUUUUCAUGUGACUCAUUCUGCAGGCUGAUCAAAUUUAAGAGUAAUUUAAUUAUUCUGAUAGCAUAUUUCCAACUCGUGAUUUUUCAAACCUCAUCAUCACACUGCUGUAGAAUAAAAAACCCUUAUUUGAAAAUACAUGAAACAAUCUUGGGUGAGGACAAAUAGCUAUAAGGAAUGGUCUGAUCAUAAAAUGGUUAGAGCCCCUGUGAAAAAAUAGAAGUCUCUAAAUCUGGAAAUGAAAUAAUAAUGUUAACCAUGGUUGUUGGGGGUUUUCCGGGCUGUAUUGCCGUGGUCUUGGCAUUGUAGUUCCUGACGU